AUGGAGAAUAGUACAGAAGCAACAGAGUUCAUCCUUUUGGGAUUAACAGAUGACCCCAAUCUUCAGGUUCCCCUAUUCCUGAUAUUUUUGUUCAUCUACCUCACCACUCUGAUUGGAAAUGGGGGCAUGAUGGCAAUCAUCUACUUUGACUCCCACCUUCAUACUCCAAUGUACUUCUUUCUCAGUCAUCUGUCCUUUGUAGACCUGGGUUACUCAUCAGCUGUAGCACCCAAGAUGGUGGCUGCACUGCUCUCAGGGAACAAAGUAAUCUCUUACACUGGAUGUGUGGCUCAGUUCUUCUUUUUUGCAGUUUUCGCCACUGUCGAAUGUUACCUCCUGGCUUCCAUGGCCUAUGAUCGCCAUGCAGCAGUAUGUAGGCCUCUUCAUUACACUACCACCAUGACAACAGAUGUGUGUGUCCUCAUGACUAGUGGCUCCUAUGUCUGUGGCUUCCUCAAUGCCUCCAUUCAUGCAGCAGAUAUCUUCCGACUCUCAUUCUGUGGUUCUAAUGAGAUUCAUCAUUUCUUCUGUGACAGCCCACCACUCCUGGCCCUCUCAUGCUCCAAUACACGCAUCACUAGGUUGGUUGUCUUCUUUGUCGUGGGCUUCAAUGUCUACUUCACUCUCCUGGUCAUCCUUAUCUCUUACUUUUUCAUAUAUAUUGCCAUUCAAAGGAUGCGUUCUGCUGAAGGGCGGAAGAAAGCCUUUUCCACCUGUGCUUCCCACCUCACUGCAGUCUCCAUCUUCUAUGGCACAAUCAUCUUCAUGUACCUACAGCCCAGCUCUGGUCAGUCCAUGGACACAGACAAAAUAGCAUCUGUGUUUUAUACUGUGGUGAUUCCUAUGCUGAACCCCUUGAUCUACAGCCUUAGAAACAAAGAAGUGAAAAGUGCUUUCUGGAAAAUACUCAACAAAUUUUACUCACAACCAUUAAGUGUGAGUAGGAAAUAG